UCUGACAUCAGUCAGCUGUCAUCUGUCAUCUUGUGCUUGCCGGUGGAUCGGUUUAUGUUGUUCGUAUAGUUCGAGCGAAAUGUCGUUUCAUUUGAGUACGAAGGAAAGGCUCCUUCUCCUGAUAGAUGACAUCGAAAUUAUUGCUAAGCAACUGAUAGAAAAUGCGAUGACGCCGAAACAUUUGCGAGUACCUGCCGUGGAAACGACCGCACUUGUUGAUCUGCUUGUGUCGAAAGAUGAAGAGUUCCGGUCAAUGCUGCAGCUCGCGGCGGAGCAGGAGAAAAUCGAACAAAAGAUGAAUGCCUACAGGGCUCAAGUUGAAAUACAGGAUCGGGAGAUAAAUCAGCUUCAAAAGCAAUUGAAGGAGGCCGAACAAAUAUUAUCAACAGCCCUUUUCCAAGCUCGCCAAAAGCUAAACAGCAUUGCUCGCGCUAAUAAACGUCCUGUUUCCUCGGAAGAAUUGAUCAAAUAUGCCCAUCGAAUAAGUGCAUCGAACGCUAUUUGCGCACCGCUGACUUGGAUGCAAGGGGAUCUAAGACGCCCUUAUCCUACUGACAUUGAAAUGCGAGUGGGGUUCUUGGGAAAGUCAGAUUUGAAUGCAAAUGGACAUAGCGUCACACAACCAAAUAAUACGAAUGAUAUUCAUCGAAGUACUGGUGAAGUUCCCGCGGCUUCUCAGAAUCAAUUCGCUUGGCAACUGGGCGAAUUGCAUAUGAUGGGCGGAUCAGGAAGUUCAGUGUCACUAGAUACACGAGCUCAUAAGGAGGCGUCACAGGAUGAUGUUGAAGUCAUGUCGACAGACAGUUCAAGUUCAAGUUCUAGUGAUUCACAAUGAUUUCGUUUUUGGGUAUUGAUUCUGAUGGGCAUAUUGCUCACACGUUUUUUAUGUAAGUUUAAUAUUAAGAUUAUCUAUUCACCGCAAAUAUAUGUAGUUCCAAAAGAA